AUUAUGCAAUUAGCAAAAUUGUAUUUCAAAUUCAAUUUUCGAGUUUCAACAAAUAGGUUUUUAUAUAAUACGAUAAAAAAAAAUUAUUUUAAUCGAAUAAUUAGUUUUUCAUUUUAUUUGUAAUUAACAACAGAAAUAAUAAUAUGUAUAUACUUUAUAAUUUCCUGAAAAACCAAAAAGAUAAUAAACAUAAUUCCAUUGUGCAGAUCCAAUUAAAUAUGAAUUUUUAUUUUUAGUUUUGAAUGAAAUAAAUAAAUAUAAAUAUCAUGAAAAAGAAAGCAAUAUCCUCUCCCAUAUCACUUCUUGUUCGGCGGAGCACCGUCGUUUCUGCUGUCGUCGUGUCUUCUCUUUUACACCACCACCAUUUUACUACGUACAAAAGAAAGCCCACAUAGGGGGCGCUCUCCGACUCUAGAAUUUUAGAGUAAUCCCAUGGCGGUCCGAGGCCUUCUCAUGCCUUUCCCCAAUACGUCGCCGUCGCAUCCGGCGGUGGUGAUGAUCCCCGCAGUCAUUUCGUGGUUCGGAAAAGUCUCCGGCCCCAGGCGGGCCCGCUUCUACUGCAGACACCACACCGCAGAAAUCGACAUGCCUGUGUCCAUGUCCGAGUACAGACGAGACAAAUUUGCCCAGAGAAUGGGGGCGGCUGGCCUUAAACAUCAUCACCGAAUUGCAAUAGCUGUUUCGGGUGGUCCUGAUAGUAUGGCGCUGUGUGUAUUGACUGCUGAUUGGAAAUCUGAUAACCUUGUUGAUUCUGCUACUGCUGUUACCACCAAAGGAAGAGGCAACCCAGUCGAUGGCCUUUUAGCCAUUGUUGUUGAUCAUGGAUUGCGUCCAGAAAGUGCAGAGGAAGCAGACCUUGUCCGCAAUCGAGUUUCAGAUAUGGGAAUAAAAUGUGAAGUUGCCCGUUGCGAUUGGUUGGACGGUAGACCCGGACCUGGUCACUUGCAAGAAGCAGCUCGCAAUAAGAGGUAUGAAACUCUACAAACCAUAUGUAUGCAUCAGCAGAUUAGCAUACUGUUGGUCGCACACCAUGCAGAUGACCAGGCGGAGCUGUUCAUUCUCAGAUUAUCUAGAAAUAGUGGUGUUCUUGGUCUUGCUGGCAUGUCAUUUGCUUCACAAAUGUUUUCGCAAUUCCCUGAUUUUUGUGGACAAGAAUCAAAACCUCGAGGCAUUUUAAUAGUGAGACCACUUCUAGACUUCUCAAAAGAAGAUAUGUAUGAUAUAUGUCGAAGUGGUAAUCAACAAUGGGUUGAAGAUCCGACAAAUAGGAGUCCCGUGUAUGCUCGCAAUAGGAUCAGAAUGUCAUUAAGUAACUUGUCAUCAUCUAUAUUCAAGAUUGAGUUGCAAGCAACUAUAUCGGCAUGUCGAAGAACCCGAUUGCUUGUUGACAAAUUCUGUAAUCUGUUGCUGAAGCAGGCUGUGACCAUCAUGCAUCAUGGCUAUGCAGUGAUUGAUCUAGAAACUCUCCGUUCAAUGGAAGUCAAGGAUAUUUACCUCGCAAAGUUUGUUACUUCAGUAGUGCAGUUCAUCUCACAAAGACACAGACCAGUUAGAGGGAAGGCGGUGAAAUUGCUACAAAGCUACAUUCGUACUUUCCCAUCCAAGACUAGUCUGACUGUAGGUGGCUGUUAUCUAUGUCCAGCUCCUGGAUCCAAAGGAACUAAGGUCCUUGUAUGCUGCUCUAUCAAUUUGUCUUUCCCUGUGACUAUGAAGUUGUUUCAUCCGUUUUCUUGCUUUCCGACAAGCGAUUUAGAGCAGAUUGUAAAAGAAAGUGAAGCGUAUUUGGAUAGAUUUACGCCUGAUGCUUAUUCCAGUGCUCCAUUUUCAGACAUGGCAUCAUCCUCUGAGUCUGUGCUAAUCGAAGCCAAACAGCUGGGCAUUCUUAGUCAUUCCACGUAUGAGAGUAUUGUUUCCUUGCAGCAGGAAGAAAGUGAUAAUUUUAAGUCAAAAGCUGAAGCUGUCUCUAAGUUUGCGUCGAAAGAUGAAAUACAAUCUUCAAAUGAUGCAGCAACAGAUUUGAACAAUUUUAUUAUGCCUGGCCAAGUAGGUUACUUCAUGGAUAGAUUUGUAGUAGAUUGGAAGAUGUAUGAUGGAGAAGGAGAUUGUUUUUGCAGCAGUGGUGAUGAGAGGGGGGCAGAGGUGCGCCACAUGGUGGAUGCUGAUUGGUUGUAUCUUUCGGAAUUGUCGAAGAAGAAGAACAAGGCAAAUGUGGGACCACCAGAAGAAAAUAAUCAUGAGACAAUAAAGGAUGAUAAAUGCAGCAGCAGCCAUUAUAGUAUAUUGUCGGCAAGUAGAGCUAUUGAAUGCAUAAAGUCUAUUCCAGUUGCUGCCAGAAGAAGUAUGCCUGUCCUGGUUAACGCUCAAGGACUUGUAUUGAGCAUUCCGAGCAUCGGUUUUGCACAAUGCCCUCAUUUGAUGAAGGUGUCUGUUGUGUUCAGUCCUAGGAUACCUCUAGGUGGAGGUCAUACCUCAUUUUUGUAGUUUCGAACAAAUGUGGAAGAGAUGGAAACACAAGGGUACGUGCGGUUGAGAUUUUAGAGUUAGUAGAGAUUUUUACAUUUAUGCUGUACUGUACUAUCAGAUAGUAUAUGAAAUGGAUAGUACUUAUUUGAUGGAGAAAAAACAAUUAAUGCAGAUUUAUCAACAUAUUUGAGGUAGUUGUUCAUUUA